UGGCUCGAGGUGUGCUGGCCAUACAAGGAGGAAGGUAGGACGGUCAAGAUCUGGGCCGCCGGCAGGGUGAAGCGCGUCGCGGACGGCCUCACCGACAAGAGGAGCCCGCGCGCACGCAAGAUCCUCCCGGCCGGCAUGCUGCUCUGGGCUUGGGACGCCGACCCCGAGUACGACGAGCCGGCGGGGGAGAGAUGGAUCGCCUUUCUUCCCGAGAAGUGGAACAGGCCCGUCUCAUAUGGGUGGCGGCUCGAUCCCCGCGAGCUGGGCGCCACCGGCCCGCCCCGCACGCCGCUCAUUGAAGAGGAGGAGGAGGAGGAGGCGCCGCGCGCGCGCCGGUGA